GGUGAUGAUUUGUGGUCGCGAGACUCUAUUGCAUGUGUGCGUGUUUCUCUUGUAUUGGUUGCUGCACGCGCUCUGUUUGGAGUUGUUCAGACCGUUUGGUUGGGUGCCGCCUAUUUUCGGUCUUCUGUUGAGAUGGUGUGGUGAUGGGUUUGUCGCUUUGAUUGCGUUUGCUGUGAGUGUGAGGAGAAAGCGCGGGAUUUACAGAUACACUCACACUUUCAAGUCGUUCCUAUUGCCAAGUUGUCUGCACAUCAUUGCUACAAUAGCAAUAACGUACAUUCCAUUUCGAGGAUGGAAAAACGCUGCAGAAGCCCCUGCACUACAACUCUCAUGGAUCAUACUGUUCACCACAUGUCUAGUCAUCAACUUCUUAUUUUACGGCCGACAAUAUCAGCGACACAAACUAGUCGCCCUAAUGUUGAUGCUGGCUGGAUAUUUCGUGAGCGUCGUGUCUGAUUAUGAAGCCAAGUUUUUGUUUCUUGAGGUCGUACUGGCGUAUGUGUAUGGAGUGUCGUACGGAGUGAUGCUACCGAUGAUAAAGCAACAGAUGGAAACGACUUCACUUCUUGAUGCCGUCUUUCUCUUGAAUUUCUUUGGAUUUUCUGUUCUUUCGUUUGCCAUUCCGUUGCUUCUUUCGACUGCAAGUUGGGAGGCUACAAGCAACCACAAGGCAUUCUCUUUCUGGACGUUUGCAAUUUUGGUACCAAUUGAGAGUCUCUAUCGAGUGUUGGUGUUAUACUUCAUUUCCAUCUCGUCAAUUGAAGACUUCUUUGUCGCAAGAACGUGGGGAUUCUUUGCGACCACGUUACUAGCCACGUUCCUCUACCAACUCGACUACAUGAUAUCAACACUCAAAGGCAUGGUUUUGAUUCUAUUAGCUUGCAUUAUCUAUAUGAUGCCUCCAUACAAGGUAUUGAAGGAUGGCACACCUAGUAUAGUUAAUUAGUUUA